UCGAACCGAUGAGAGGGGCCUUUAAGGGUCUCUCGUUCUUUUUGAAGAGAAAGAGAGGAAUCUCUCAAAUUUGAGGCUAGUGUUGAUAAAGAGCGGUAGGAGAAGAGAGGUCUGAAGGUUGGUCGAGAAUGGAUGAAGGGAUAGAGAGUUUGAGAGAUAUUGCAGAAUAAGAGAGCUCACUCUCUUCCUAACCAUUGAAAUAUCCCUGCUCUCUCUUUGUCACUGUGGUUGUUAGCAUACCAUUGCCAUCUAAGCUCUAGUUCGUUUCUAUUCAUUUUAGUCGAGUGUCUGAAUCAUUCCUGUACCAACCUAGGUCGAUCGAAACCGCCAAAGAAGCAUCUCUCAAUCGUUCAAAGGCUACAAGAGAUCAUCGGAGACCGGCGGCAACAGGGAACCCAGCUAACCGCAGUUGGCGGCACUUCACCUUAUUAGGACCGGAAUCUAUAGAGGAGAGCUUUGACCAAUUGAACAGCUUGAGAUGAUUCAGUUGUUGGGUUCUGAAGAUUGCAUACUAAUGCAGCAGCUGAUUUUAUUUCUGAUUUAGAUUGGGUUUCUAUAAUUAAUUCAUUAUCUUCUAUAUUUGAUAAGUAUGGUUUCGGUUCUUAGGGUUUGUUCCAGGCCUCUUUGCUGCAGUUGUAAUGGUUAUAUUAAUCAACAGUGUUAUGCUUCUUGUUUAUCCUCCAUAGUCUCUACUUACGAUAAAUACCUUUCCACUUGCUGUUCUUCAAAGUUCAAUGACAAUGUGGUGCAGAAUUUUACUCAAAUUCAACUUAACACAGUUACUAGAAGACCGCCUCCAAAUACAUCCCAUUUUUCAGAAUGCUUUCAUGUUUCAUUCUAUUCUUCUCAUGCCAAAAAUACCACUCCCAGAAGAUAUUUGAAGAAAGGGCCAUCUAAAAAUUUGAGAGCCAUCAGCAAAUCUACUUUUAAUCAAGCUCAGUUUCAAAAUGCAAUAUCCCAACUCCCACAUAGAUUCACUCCAGAAGACCUCUAUAAAGUCAUAACCCUCCAGGAUGAUCCUCAAGUAUGUCUGGAGAUCUUUAAUUGGGCCUCACAACAACCCAGAUUCAGGCAUGAUGUCUCAACUUACCACAUCACAAUAAAAAAACUUGGUUCUGCAAAAUUUUUCCAAGAGAUGGAUGAUGUUGUUAACCAAGUGCUUGCUGUUCCAAGUUGUGGAUCAGAAGCUCUUUUUAAUACAAUCAUAUACUUUUUCACAGAAGCUAGGAAAUUGUCAAGAGCAAUCAAUGUGUACAAGUACAUGAGGAGGAGCAAAGAUUCCAGUUGUAAGCCUUCUGUUAGGACAUACAAUAUUCUCUUUGCAGCACUUUUGGGCCGGGGAAGCAAUACAUAUAUAAAUUACAUGUACAUGGAUACUAUCAGCUGCCUCUUCAAGCAAAUGGUAAAUGAUGGCAUUGAACCUGACAUUUUCUCAUUGAAUUUUAUGAUCAAAGGGUAUGCUCAAUCUCUUCAUGUCAAUGAUGCUCUUAGAGUAUUCCAUCAAAUGGGUGUGGUAUACAACUGCCUUCCCAAUUCACAUACUUAUAAUUAUCUGAUUCAUGGGCUUUGUGUCCAAGGCCGGACAGUCAAUGCUAAGGAGUUGUAUGAGGAAAUGAAGAACAAAGGAUUUGUGCCAAGCAGUAAGGCAUAUAAUUCCCUUGUGAAUUGUUUCGCUAUUAAUGGUGAGAUUGAGGAAGCUGAGAAGAUUCUGUGGGAGGUGGCAGAAAAACGGGUGGUAAUUGAUUUUAUUACUUACCAGACGGUCUUGAAUGAGAUCUGCAGGCAAGGAAUGAUCGGUAAAGCCAUGUUGUUGUUGAAUGAAUUGCAAGAGAAGGAUCUUGUGGAUGGGCAUGCUUACAGAAAGCUUUUAUGUGGGGUUGAAGAUGAAUUUCGAAUUUCAAAUUGUAGAAAUUGAUUGUGGUGAGACAGUUUUGAAUGAGAUAUGCAGGCAAGGAAGGAUUGGUAAAGCCAUGUUGUUGUUAAAGGAAUUGCAAGAGAAGGAUCUUGUGGAUGGGCAUGCUUACAGAAAGCUUUUAUGUGGGGUUGAAGAUGCAUUUAGAAAUUGAAAUCAUAUUGGUCAUGGUGAAAUGGUAUUGAAUGAGAUCUGCAGGCAAGGAAGGAUUGGUAAAGCCAUGAUGUUGUUGAGGAAAUCACAAAAGUAUCUUGUGGAUGGGCAUGCUUACAGAAAGCUUUUAUGUGGGGUUGAAUAUUAAUAUGGAAAUUCAAAUUAUAGAAAUUGAUUACGGUGAGUAUUUGAAUCUUUUACUGCAUUACUGAAAUUUAGUUUUGCUUUGUUUGGAUAUGGAUAUGGAUAUGUUUCAAAUAAGAUUCGUAGAAUGAUUGUGGCUAGUAUUUGAGUUUUUUAACUGCACCACUGAUUUCAAAUCUAGUUUUGUUUAUUUUUUUGAUAAUUUCUUUUACUAUCUCCUAAAUCUCAAUGUAGUUGUAAUAUUGUCUAAGUAAAUCAAACUUUCAUUUUACACUGGGUAAAUUAUAUAACCUCCUUUGAGGAUCUAUUAUUGCAAUUUCUAUCUGGGUAUUAAAUCAAAUUUCAUGUUUGUUUAUUAAAUCUCUAUGACUAUUCUCAGAUUUGCUUUUCUUAUCGAUCUUUCUCUUUUCAUUGCCAAGUCAUUCCCUUGGAUCUUAUUUCUCUUAGUUUCUCAUUUUCUCCUCUUAUCCAGUAGUCAUUCUUGUUAUUAACAGUUUUUAGUCCUUAAACAAUAUAACCCAAGCAUGUUUUUAUGUUGUUUCUUAGUUUUUGAAAACACUUAAAUUUCAUAUACCCUCUUUUGUUGGUUAUACAUAAGCUAAGUAUUAAAAACAAGCAAGGUAACUUUAGACAGGUUUGAUAUAGAUACUUCUCAACUCAUUGUUUCUCCUCUUCCUCUUGCUCAUUUAGACAGGUUUGUUUACAAUACUUUAUUUUUGCAAUUUUAUCUUUUAAACCAUCCUUUUUUUAACUUUUAUUGAAGAAGAAAACAGCAUACAAAUUACAAAGGGCCUUUCCACUAAAGCCCAAUACCAAGAGUACAAAGAUAGUUAGACCUCUCCAGCCAGCAGCUGGGCUCCUAAAGACCUUGGUUGAAGUCCUUUCACCGCAGUAGUCCAGGAUAUUAGCUUUCCAAAUGUAUAGGAAAUAAGUUGAUCCACUUCACUUCGUUUGUUUUGGAAAAUUCUGUUAUUCCUUUCGGCCUAAAUAGUACUUAAUACCACAGCUGGGAUGGAGGAUCAUACACUCUUUGAGAUCUUUUAAACCAUCUUAAAUAUAACUAAAAGCUUUUGUUUUUCUUAGAUAUUAUUAUAAACCCCAUUUUAGGUUCUAGAGAAGAUUUUUUUGUGAUAUGUUUAUUGAUCCAACAUCAGAUGCACUUGUACAUUAUAAACAACUUUUCUUGUUUAUCAAUAACAAUAACUUGUUAAGGAUCAAAAUGGCAAGAGAAAAUAAGCACCAACUAUUCUAAAACUGAGAAUUAGAGCCAACCAACCAAAAAGAAAAAAAA